AUGGUGGGUGUAGAUGGGAUUCGUCCGCAUGCUGCUGAGGUCUAUUUCAUGGUUUUGUUGUGCAAGAGUUUCGACCUUGGUGGUGGAUCUGUGGUCUGCCCUUGGUGGAUAUGUAGAUUGCACCGCCGAGGAGUCUUGAUUUCUGUGGUGGUGAAUCGUGAUCUAGCAUUGGUGGAGAUCUGUAGAUUCAACUGGCCAGGGGAAUUAUGUCGAACUCUCCAUAUUCUGCGGGUACUGCAGGCCACUCUGUGUAGAACAAAGAGGCGCCAAGCAAAGCCUAAAAGCGACAAUGAGAAUAUAAUUGAGGAGAGCAAUGUUACCACCAACAUUGGUCACGAUACCAUUGGCUGCAAAAGAACAAAGAGAGAAGUUGCCCGUUCGAAUUUCAAUGAGAAGGCAUUUGACUUAUUUGAAGAAGAUUCACUUGUCACAACCAAGGAAAUCAGAACUGAGGAGGAAGCAGAGGCAGUUAGGUUGACAAGAACAGGACCUGAAGAUGGGAAAUGCUGCAGAAAACUCAUCGAUUUCAUCCUGCAUGGUAAAGAUGAUAAUCUGCAACCAUUUGAAAUGUCUCAGAGUGAUGGUGUCUCCAUGACAGCUCUUGUCAUGCCAUUUGAUGCUCAUAUCGAAAAGGACAGGAAAAAGGGUAUACGAUGUGUCAAAUUUGGGCGUAUCAAGGGAUGGGCAGUUUCCGGCUAUAAGGAAGGCGCCGCGGUAAUUUCGCUCUCAACAGAACUAGCUGACUAUAUAUAUGUGAAGGCCACAAGAAGCUACAGGUCUCAUUUUGACCUUUUCAGCCAGAAAGCUCAUGUUUGUGUUGAAGUUUACAGGGAGUUAGCUAGAUCGGUUGGCGGAAACCCUUUGCUGAGCCUAGAAGAGCUGCUUGCCGGUGUUGUCAGUUCCAUUAAUUUGAGCAGUGGCUUCAAUGGAAGAGUGAGAAAGGAAUUUGUGAUAUCCAUCGGUGAGUUCGUACAUAACCAGCUCACAGCACUGGAUCAUGCAGCAAACAACGAUGAUGAGAUGUUGUUGACGCUGCCUGCUCUUGUGGCACUAAGAAAUGAGUGUAAAUCUAACGUGGGAUUCAGCAAGCUGGCAGCUUUGGCCUCACAUGAAACUUUGAUGAUCAAGGAUGGGCGGUGCAAGGAGGUGCAGGUGACCGAGAACGAGGAUGAAGAAGAGAAACUAGCAAGGUUGUUGCAAGAAGUGGAAGAGUGGAAUAUGAAGAAGCCGAGAGCCAAGAGUGGAAGUUCACAGAAAAUUAAAAAUGCCUACAUCAAGAUCAGUGAAGCUGAGAUUGCCAAUGACUACCCACUGCCAGCAUACUAUACACCAUGCGAUAUAGAAAAGGAUGAGUACAUGUUUGGCAGUGAAGAUGGCAUGCUGCCAGUAAGAAUACUCAACAACUGGGCUCUAUAUAAUUCAGAUUUCAAAUUCAUGUCUUUGGAGCUCAUCCCUAUGGAACCAGGUGCUAAAAAUGAUACUGUUAUCUUUGGGUCUGGUUGUAUGAGAGACGAUGAUGGUACUUUCUGUUCAACAGCUGAGCCAGCAGAGUUAUCUUCUUCCUCGAGUAAAUCUGACCAGGAAGAUCAAGGGAUUCCGGUUUACCUAAGCCCAAUCAAGGAAUGGCUUGUAGAAUCUUGUGGCUCGAUGAUCUGCAUAUCUAUUCAAACCGACAUAGCUUGCUACAAGUUACUCCAGCCAACGAAGCAGUAUGCGCCAUGGUGUGCCACUGUCCUUAAAACAGCAAGAUUGACUGUUAGUAUCAUCGCCAUUUUAAAAGAACAAACUCGCGCUUCAAAACUUUCCUUCGCUGAUGUUACCAAGAGAGUAGCAGAAUUUGAGAGUGGGCAUCAUGCAUUCAUUUCAACAGAUGCAACACUUGUUGAAAGAUAUGUUGUGGUGCAUGGACAGAUAGUCCUUCAACAGUUCGCAAAUUAUACAGAUGAGUCCAUUCGACGGUGCGCCUUUGUCACAGGCCUUAUCAAGAAGAUGAAAGAAAGAGGGCAGACGAAGCUAGCAACGAAGAAGAAAUCUCAAGCGGCGAGAGGAGAGAAUCUGAACCCAAGUGCAAAAAUGGCCCGAAUAUCAAAACAAAAUCUUAUGUGUGCGACAACCACAAAGUUGGUCAGCAGGAUAUGGGAUGAUUACGAUGCAACCCAUUUCCCAGAGGAUUCAAAGGAGGGGGGUGAGAAUGAUGAGCAAAAGGUAUUUGAGGAGGAACAAGAAGAAAAUGAAGAAGAUGAUGUUGAGGGGGUGGUUGAAGUUGGCGAGGGACAUGUUUCAAGGACCUCGCCAUCAACAAGGUCUAGAAAUACAUCAUCAGAUGCUUGUGAAGAAAUAGAAUGGAAAGGUCAAACAGUUGGGAAAACACCAUCCGGAGAAGCUCUGUACAGAAGUGUGAGAUUUGGAGAUCUCAGUGUUGCUGUUGGUGGGGCACUCACAUUGGAUGGUCAUUCAGGAGAAGCCAUCAUGUGUUUUGUUGAGUACAUGUAUGAGACACAUGAUGGCACACAGAUGAUCCAUGAGUCCAAAGUAGGUGACAUGAGAGAAUCAUUGACUGUCAAUGUCCAGCAGAUUCCCUGGGGCCACAAGUGCAGAAAAGAGCAGUUGGAAGCUAUUAGGGUGGAGAGGGCCAGGGCAGAGGAGAGGAAGAAGAAGGGUUUGCCAUUGGAGUACAUCUGCAAAAGCAUGUACUGUCCUGAGAAAGGUGCCUUUUUCUCCCUCCCUUAUGAGAAAAUGGGCGCCGGAACCGGCACUUGCAGUUCUUGUGAGGAGCGACAAGCGGUCCGUGAUGAGUUCAAAAUAUUGUCAGAGACCAGCUUUGUCCUCAAGAAUGUCAAAUACAAUGUUCACGAUUUCCUGUAUAUCAGGCCUCAGUUUUUCUCUCCCGUCGAGGGUCGUGGGACCUACAGGGCUAGAAGAAAUGUGGGCCUGAAGCCCUAUGUGGUAUGUCGUUUGCAGAGUGUCAAUGCUGCUGCUGGAUCUCGUAAAGCUAAUCUGAAAUCAACAAAAGUCAGUGUAAGAAGGCUAUACAGGCCUGAUGAUAUUUCAUCGGAUAAAGCUUACUCUUCAGAUAUCAGAGAGGUGUACUACAGUGAAGAUAUAGUUAGUGUGCCUGUUGGGAUGAUAGAGGGAAAAUGUGAGGUUACAGCAAAGGAUGACCUUCCAAAUUCAAAUCUUCCAGUAGUAGUUGAGCACGCCUUUUACUGUGAACAUUUAUAUGAUCCUGGCACUGAAACUCUCAAGCAGCUACCGACCAAUGUUAAGCUCACCCUGGCAAGGAAGGCGCCUGCUUCGAGAAAGAAUAAAGGGAAGCAGAUUUGUGAUGAUGAGCAAGCCGGUUCGGAUAAACACAAGGAUGAAACACAAGAGAACUGUCUUGCAACCCUUGAUAUUUUUGCUGGCUGUGGAGGUUUGUCUGAAGGGCUGCACCUAGCUGGCGCUUCACGUACAAAAUGGGCGAUCGAGUAUGAAGAACCUGCUGCGCAAGCAUUUCUUCAAAAUCAUCCUGAAGCAGCAGUGUUUGUGGAGAACUGCAAUGUGAUUCUGAAGGCGAUAAUGGAUAAGUGUGGCGAUGUUGAUGACUGCGUCUCCACUCCCGAGGCUUCUGCGGGAGCAGCAGAACUUUCAGAUGAGAAGGUUAAGAAUCUCCCUGUGCCCGGUGAAGUAGAAUUCAUCAAUGGUGGCCCUCCAUGCCAGGGGUUCUCCUGGAUGAACAGAUUCAAGCAGAGCCCAUGGAGCAAGGUUCAGUGCGAGAUGAUUCCGGCAUUCCUGUCCUUCGCAGAGUAUUUCCGGCCUAGGUUCUUCCUUUUGGAAAACGUCAGGAACUUUGUUUCGUUUAACAAGGGCCAGACCUUCAGACUGACACUAGCAUCGCUCCUCGAGAUGGGGUACCAGGUUCGAUUCGGCAUUCUAGAGGCGGGUGCUUAUGGCGUCGCGCAGUCCAGGAAAAGGGCGUUCAUCUGGGCCGCCGCGCCUGGGGAGACUCUUCCUGACUGGCCUGAACCAAUGCAUGUUUUCGCUAGCCCUGAGCUGAAAAUAAAACUGCCAGGAGGUAAAUACUAUGCUGCUGCCAGGAGCACAGCUGGAGGAGCUCCUUUCCGCUCUAUAACAGUCAGGGAUACAAUCGGCGAUCUUCCACCGGUGGAGAAUGGCGCCAGCAACCCAACAAUAAAGUACGGAGGCGAGCCCAUCUCCUGGUUCCAGAAGAAGAUUCGAGGCGAUACGCUUUCGCUGAGUGACCACAUAUCCAAAAAGAUGAACGAGCUGAAUCUCAUAAGGUGCAAGCACAUCCCAAAGCGCCCUGGCUGUGACUGGCAUGACCUGCCAGAUGAGAAGGUGAAGCUAUCCAGAGGGAAAACGGUGGAUUUGAUCCCUAGGUGCAUGCUCAAAACAGCCAAGACGAACAAUCAGUGGAAAGGCCUGUGUGGGAGGCUGGACUGGGAGGGCAACUUCCCCACAUCAGUCACAGAUCCCCAGCCAAUGCGCAGGGUCGGCAUGUGCUUCCACCCUGAUCAGGACAGGAUCAUCACUGUUCGUGAAUGUGCGCGAUCCCAGGGCUUCCCUGAUGGCUACCAUUUCGCUGGCAACAUCCAGAGCAAGCACAGGCAGAUCGGGAAUGCGGUACCACCUCCCCUUGCAUACGCGCUAGGGAGGAAGCUCAAGCAAGCCAUCGAUGCCAAGCUGCCUAAGUUAACUGAAGACAUGAUCCAAGUGGGACUUAAUUUACAACUGGGCCCUAUAUAA